ACGACCACCCUUCAGUUUUUUGUUUUUGUUUUGUAUAAUCUAAAAAAAAGGAAAAACAUGAAAAGAAAGCUGGAAGAUGUCGACGCCGUAGAGAAGCCCUCUUCUUCUUCUUCUUCUUCUUCUUCUUCUAUCAUCGCCACUAGCAUGAAUACUACUGACAUAGUGUUACAGACAUCAUCUCCGAAACUCUCACAGAAGCAAGACUACAUCUUCCAUGGGGGGAGACGCCAUGUGAGGCCGUACUACUUCGAGUUCAUCUCUCAUGUGAAUAAACGCUGGACUGGGAAAACAAUCGUGGACUUGUUCGCCGAUGAAUUCAAAGGCAGACCUCGUGACUACUAUGUUGGUGCAGUCAAGUGUGGAAGAAUCAAAGUUGAUGGAGAGACUGUACCACUUUCUUAUAUUGUCAAAUCAUCUCAAAAGAUCACUCAUUUCGUGCACAGGCAUGAACCACCGGUGAUGACUGAUGAUGUAGAGAUCCUUGUCAAAGAAGAUGAUGUUGUUACUGUCUGCAAGCCAGCUUCUGUUCCUGUGCAUCCAUGUGGUCAAUACCGUAAGAAUACAGUUGUUGGAAUCCUUGAUGCUGAGCAUGACCUCGGCCCUCUCUUUCCUAUUCACCGAUUAGACCGUUUGGUUUCUGGAUUGCUCAUCAUAGCAAGAACUGCUGCCAAAGCUGAUUUUUUCAGGAAACAGAUUGAGGGUGGAAUGGUGAAGAAACGUUAUAUCGCAAAAGUUAUUGGCGUGUUCCCAGAAGAUGAGAAAGUAGUCGAUGCCAACAUAAAUUACAAUGGUAGUGAAGGAAGAAGCACAGCAGAGGACGCCAAUUCAAGUGGUGGUGAUAAGAAGGUGAAGGGGAAGCCUGCGUGUACCAAGUUCACUAGAAUCGAUACAAAUGGGACUCACAGCCUCGUCUUGUGUGAACCAGUCACAGGACGAACUCAUCAAAUACGAGUGCAUCUACAAUAUACAGGGCAUCCCAUAGCGAAUGACCCACUUUAUCUAAAUCAACAAGUGGAUAAUCUGGAGACCAAGAUUGCAAAAAGAAUUGAUGCGGAUGAGAGAAAAAUGGCCUCCCCAAACGACUAUGUGUAUUCCAGUGAAGAUUUCAGCAUUGAUCCAAUGUGCACAAACUGCCCAAAGCUUAUCCCACAAGGGUACGAGGAGCAUGACGAGGCUCUUUGGUUACAUUGCGUUCGAUACUCUGGAACAGGAUGGGAAUACGAAUGUCCUUAUCCAUCUUGGGCAUCUCUUUAACCACAUUUUACUUGCCGUUACUUAGACAAUAUAAACUGUAGUUCUUAUUACCAACAUUUAUAGCAACUACAGUACAUUGUAUACGGGUUUUGCCGUUAUGAUCUAAUCAAGUUUGGACUCCAA